AUGACCCCCAGCAAUUCCGGUUCGGGUAUGUAUCCGUACUAUAAAAUCUAUCUAUCGAAGAUCUGGUCGAAGGUCGCGUUGCCGAACUCUCAAUCUCAGCGAAUCCUGUGGUUGCUAGAAGAGUUGGAAAUCCCCUACAAUCUUGAACUCCACAAAAGACCUGAGUCCGGCCCUCUCAAAGGUCGGGCGCCAGACGAGUUGAAGCAAACACACCCGCUCGGUAAGGCACCGCAGCUUGAGACAGGAGAUGGAAGGGUCCUUGUGGAAACCCUCGUCAUUGCAAGAUACUUGAUCGAUACCUACGACACCGAAGGGAAAUUCAAGGGCGACAGCGAGCGCAACGAUGUUCUUCGAGAUGACCAGUUGUGUAAUAUUGCAGCAGCAUCCAUCGGGCCUCUCAUGAAUCUGGAACUGAUCAUGACCAUCCUCGACAACGCAGUCCCAUUCUUCAUCAGACCACUGCUUUCCCUCGCCCACAACCAAUUGCACAAAGCGUACAUUGGCCCCGACUUGGCACUAUUCUUCCAGUAUUUGAACGAUCAACUUGGGGACCAGGAUUACUUCCUCGGUACUAAUCCUGGUCGAGCCGAUUUUAUCACGAAGUGGCCAAUGGAUCUGUGCAUCCAAAACAAAUUCAUCGAUGUGAAAGCAUACCCUAAUCUAGACAAAUGGUACUCCAGAGUCAACGAGCGCCCCGGUUGGAAAAGGAGCCUGGAGAAAGGGAAUGGCUAUACUUUCACCACCAAGCUGUAA